AUGGGUCGAACUGAACCCAACCCGAAUAGAACCAUCGCCAAGUUGGAUAUAUCCACCCGGAUUUUGGACAGCGGCACCAAAAACAAAAUUUCGACCCUUUCACAUCUACUCUUCCAUUCCAUGUUCACAACGCCACCUCAUCGAAAUCCUCUGUCCGCUUCUAUGGUACAAAGGACCCAUGUCGUUCCAAACAUUACAAAUGCAAGGAAGCUAUUGGAUGCAACAGUCACAAUCAGCAUCAGUAGAGAAACUACGCCAUAUCCCAUUAUCCAGCGCCAAAUCAUGCAGCAGAUCACGCGUCAAACACGGCACCAAGAGAGCCUAUUAUCUGCCUUAUCACAUCUCUAUAGUUUGUCACUGUUGCAGCCUCUGCUAUAUGUAAUUACACUGAGUAACUGA